AUGUUCAUCUUUCAGUUUUAUAUUGAAGUCCCUGAAAUUGCUAAGAUGACAAAAAAGGAGGUUGAAGAUUAUCGUGAAGAAUUAGAUGAAAUUCAUGUUAGAGGAAAGAAUGUUCCUAAACCAAUAAAGAAUUGGUCACAAUGUGGAGUUGAUAUUAAAGUUAUGAAUGUUUUAAAAGUUCACAAUUACCAAAAACCUACACCAAUCCAAGCCCAAGCAAUUCCUGCAAUAAUGAGUGGAAGGGAUGUUAUUGGAAUUGCAAAAACUGGAAGUGGAAAAACUUUGGCUUUUCUUAUUCCAAUGUUUAGACAUAUUUUGGAUCAGCCACCAUUGGAAGAUAUGGAUGGACCUAUCGCUUUAAUAAUGUCCCCAACAAGAGAACUUGCUUUACAAACAUGGAAAGAAGCAAAUAAAUUUGCUAGAAAUUUGGGUAUACGUGUUGUUUGUGUUUAUGGAGGUGUUGCUAUAUCUGAACAAAUUGCGGAAUUAAAAAAGGGAGCUGAAGUGGUGGUGUGUACACCUGGAAGGAUGAUUGAUAUGCUUGCGGCUAAUAAUGGUAAAGUCACCAAUCUUCGCCGUGUUACUUAUUUAGUUAUGGACGAAGCUGAUCGAAUGUUUGACAUGGGAUUUGAACCACAAGUAAUGAAAAUGGUAAAUAAUGUACGCCCAGAUAGACAAACAGUUCUUUUCUCAGCUACUUUUCCUAAAACAAUGGAGGCUUUGGCAAGGAAGGUUUUGGAACGACCUGUGGAAAUUGUUGUUGGUGGUCGCAGUGUUGUUUGUAAAGACGUUGAGCAACACGCUCUAGUUUUGGAAGAACACCAAAAAUUUUUAAAAUUGCUAGAAUUACUUGGGCAAUAUUGGGAGCAUGGGAAUGUUUUAGUUUUUGUUGAAAAACAAGAAAAGGCUGAUGAUUUGGUUUCGCAAUUAAUGCUUGCUGGUUAUAAUUGUGCUCCACUUCAUGGAGGAAUAGAUCAGGAUGAUAGAGAUUUUACUAUUUUUGAUUUUAAAACUGGAAGAUUGAAAUUAAUGGUCGCAACAUCUGUCGCUGCUCGAGGUCUCGAUGUCAAAAAAUUAAUUUUGGUAGUAAAUUAUGAUGCCCCUAAUCAUUAUGAAGAUUAUGUUCAUAGAGUUGGAAGAACUGGGCGUGCAGGAAAUAAAGGUUAUGCUUAUACAUUUGUUUUGGCAACUGGACAAGAAAAAAUCGCUGGAGAAGUUGUUCGAGCUUUUGAAACAGCUGGAAUCGAACCACCCGAAGAUUUGAAGAAAUUAUGGGAAGAAUAUAAAACAAAAAUGGCUGAAGAAGGAAAAGAAAUACAUAUGGGCGGUGGAGGAUAUUCUGGUUCAGGUUUUCGUUAUGAUGAAAUUGAGGAUGAAAGUGAAAUGAAUAAAAGAAAAUUAACUAAAUUAAUGCAUGGAAUAGAAAGUGGAAUGGAUGAUGAAUCUGAAAAUAUUGAUGAUCAAUUGAUUGGAAUGAUGAAAAGCAGUAAAAGAGUUACAACUCGUCGAGCAGGUGCUGGAUGGAGAGGAAAGCCUGAUCCUUCAACAGAAAAGAAAGUUGAAGCUGCAAGAGCAAUGGCUGAACAAAUUGCUGCAAAAUUGGGACAAGCUUCUAUGGAAAAAGAUGCAACGCAUUUAACAGCUGAAGCUAUAAUGAAAGGAACGGAAGCCCAGCCAGUGAAUUUAACGGGAAUUUCGCUUGCCAAACAAAAAGCAAUGGAAUUGAAUGAAAAACUUGAUUACUUACCUUCUGAUUUUAAAGAAAAAGAGGCUGAACAACAAAUUCAAUAUUUUGAAGAAGAAUUGGAAAUUAAUGAUUUUCCACAAAUGUUGCGUUUUAGAGUUUGUUCAAGAGAAGUUAUUGCCCAAAUACAAGAAUUUGUUGAUGUUGGAAUAUCAGUUAAAGGAACUCAUUAUCCAUUAGGAAAAGAGCCAAAACCUGGACAAGACAGAAAACUUUAUUUAUUUAUUGAAGCUAGAGAUGAAUUAUCCUUAAGAAGAGCAAAAGAAGAAGUUGUUAGAAUUAUGAGGGAAACGCUUAGAAUGAUGGUUUGGAAUUUUUUUUUGAAAAAAUUUUGGAUUCGGAUCUCGCCAUUUUAGGAUAUUUUUUGAAAUUUUGGUCGAUCACUGGGAAGGGGAGCUUCCUAGGCUAUACCCCCUAUUUAAUAUAUCCCUCGUUAUAAGAACUCUUUGGGGUUAAAAAAAUUUGUUUUUAUAAUGAGGAGUAACAGCGGCCGACCAAAUUCGAAAACGUUCUGGAAAAGGGGGCAGCUUUCUAGGAAGUUCUCGUCAAUCAGGAGCUUAUAGUGAG